CCGUUUAGUCUGUCGAUAGAACGGAAGCAGAAUGCGACGUCAGUCAAUGUCAGUCUGCUGAUAUGUUGUAAUCAAAUCUGUUGCUAGUCUGCUGAAAUUCUAUUUUACUGUCUGCUUAUAACAUUUAUUGUAGUUGAACAUAAUUUGUGUACACUUCUACGAUCAAUCCAGAUUCGCAAUGGUACUUGUAGAAUUAAUUGGGGUUUUCAUUGUUGCUUUAAGCAUAGCAUAUAUUUAUUAUAAGUUUGUGGUAUUUAAUUUCUGGCGUAAAAAGGAUGUUUUUUAUAUUAAACCUGUUGUACCAACUGGAAAUAUAACAGCUCUCGUAACUGGAAAAGCGCAAUUAGGUGUACUUUUCCACGAUGUCUACAUGAAAUAUAAGCAUCAUCGCGUUAUUGGAAUGUAUUCACUUUUUAAACCAAACUUGGUGAUCAACGAUCUCGACCUUAUUCGAAUGGUGUUGACUAAGGAAUUCGGAAGUUUCCAUGACCGCGGAAUGUAUUGUAACGAAAAGAUCGACCCAUUGUCCAACCAUUUGUUUCUUAUAUCUGGGAAGAAAUGGAGAAAUAUGCGCUACAAUGAACAGUUAUCCAUCAGUUAA